AUGUCCGGAAGAGAAGAAGAAAGUGAUUCCGAUGCGCCGGAGGAAUUCACUUCCCAGCAGGGGAUUGAGCAACACCAACAAUUGUCAAGAGUUCAAAGUGAAGAAAAGGCCAGAGUUGCUCGUGAGGGAAAGGAGCGACGGAGACGAUGGGCUCAAAAGUUGAUUCCACAAUCAUCACGAGAGGGGGAGAGCAUUGAAGAUGUGAAGGAGAGCAUUGAGGAUGUUAAGGAAGAUGAAACAGGAACAGAGUCCUUUGGUAGAAUAGGGAUGCUGCCUGAUGAAAUAGUUAAACAGCUUGCAGCCCGUGAGAAGAAAGUUUUCUCAUCGGAAUUAGAAGAAGAUCAACCCACAAAGAAGCCUUCAUCACUGAAGAAAAGAACAAAAAGAACAGGGUUAGAACCUGUAAUUCUUGAGGAGAUACCCCCACCUCAAUGCUUACAGAGUUCGUUGGAUUUUCUUAAGAAACGAAAAAUGCAAGUUUCCAGAUCCUCGGCCGUUUUGAACAAUUCAGGUCAAGCGCUACGGCUUAUUUCUACUUCUGGCUUACUAUCUAAGAGGUGA